AUGUCCAUUCACGAAGUAAACAUCUUUCGUCUGAGCAGCCAUUUGGAAAGCAUCGCCCCCGUGAAGUUGCAGGUUGUUCUGGGCCUGGGAACAGGAUUAUUCGGGGCUAUCUACAGCGGAGUCUUUUAUUUUAGAAACCAUCCCCUUCCCAAGGGAAUCUGCACGCUUUUGUGCACUUUUAUGCUAUGCAUUGUAUACUUAUUCACGCUAAGAAUGUAUAUGUAUAAGGCCCUGGAUAUGAUCAUAUUCCUCCUGGCAGUCCAUGGCCGUGCACUUCGUGGGAUAACGACGGCAGUAGAUGCUGAGAAAAGCAAAAAGGCCGGAGAUCCGCUCUCCUCCGGCCCUGGGAAAUCUCUGAAAGAAAAAGUCCCUGAAAAAUCUAGGUCCGGGUUAUUCGGGGUAUUCAACGCAAAAACUCUGGGGAUUUCCCACAUUGUCUUCCCCCGGGUCUCACAGGAGCACAUUCCGUACGAUAAGGUCUUCGAAGAGCUCAUAUUCCGGCUGCUGGUCCUGGGAAACCUCCACAUUCUAUACAAACUCCCUUUUGGAAGCCCCCGGAUUCUUUUCCUGGGAAUUCUCUGCUCUGGGCUUUCUUUCGGGAUAAGGUACGCGGAGUACAAACUGACAAAAGGAACCCCCCCAGGAACCAUCACCCCAGAGGGAAACCAGGUAUACAUGGGAUUCCUCUACUCCCUGCUUGUGACAGAGCUCUGCGUAUAG